AUGAUUGACAUGAAGAGAUUUCGUAGAAUGAGAGAGUCGAGCGUUGUUCUCCAAAAACUUGAGCUGAGCAGAGGAGCGGGACGAGAGUAUAGUUAUAGAGCAAAUAAGCAAGCCAAGAACAUUACCGAGAAGAAAAUAGUAGCUGCUAGAAUUGAAAACAAGAAAAGAGACAUAGAGCCGCUGUCCUUACAUGCUUAUGCUGAACCGGAACAGGAGCUGAACAGAAUCGAAGGAUAUUGUGACUUGUUGCUGUCCAAGAACCUUGAUGCUCACUUGUUCUGCCCUUGCAUCAAAUUUUCAGGGAUAGAGAAGAACAAGGAUGUAGAGAUGAAGAAGAAAAGGUUGGACGUUGUUACUCUGGUGUUUUUAGCCCACAAGCAGCUAGAGUUGCCUACGGGACCAAAGUCUCAGACUUUGUAUUAUGAUGAGCUGAAACUUCAUGGUUACCAACUGCUUGGGACAUUGUUUUUGCAAGUACAAGGUAAGGAGAAGCACAGGAAGUACCACAAGACCUGGAAUUUCAACUACCAAAACAAGUUUCUUGCUGGUCUGAGACGGCUAGAGUAUGUCUACUCAAGUUGA